ACACACCAAUUGCGAAGAGGACGAAGAGGAUGUCUUCAGCCACAGGUGGGACUCAGGAUGGGAAAGCCCCAUAAGCGGAAAUGAAAACCUGAGCAGAUGAGGACGACUCACUGAAUCCUUGGAAAUGGCUCCAGUCAAAAUCAAAUAUGUUGUGUCUUUCACAUUUCAGGAUCCCAAGUCCCCGGUGGAGAACCUUCUGCUUGAAGAAGGGGUUCGACCCUGGCUCAGCUGUCCCCAGGACCGGAGCAGGCAACUGAAAGCAGAGCUGCAGUUGGAACACGCAAGCUGCAUUGGCUACAUUGAUGUGGGGAACUGUGGCUCUGCCUUCCUUCAGAUAGAUGUGGGACGAUCCUCCUGGCCUCUAGACCAGAGCUACCUCACUCUGUUGCCCACCACAGCCUUGAUGACGCCCGCUGAUGCAAAGCUGGAUAAGAACCGUUCUGCAGUCCGGAUGUUUAAAGAAGGAGACUUCCUGGCUUCAGCUCUAGGCGAGAAGUGGGAUCGUAUCAGACUCACCUGUAGCCAGCCUUUCCACAAGCGCACGCAGUUCGGUCUGUCCUUCAUCCGAAUCCGCACUCCACAGGACACAGACGACAGCAAGCCAGACACGGCCUCUAGUCCUAAUCAGGCUCCUUCCAAGUCCGGCAGCAGCAGCCCAUGGCUCUCCAAUGCAGCCUUCUGCAGGACGUUCUUCCCAGAGGCGCCAUCGAGCACCAAGGAGGAAGCGGCGCUAAAAAGCCGGCUGCAGCAGCUGGACCCAGCCUCCAGCCCUGGCGCCUGUAUGAGCCGCCCGGCCAGGAUGGUGCUGCAGGUGGCCUUUGCCCGCAAAAGAGCCUUCCCCCUGGUGCCUGGCUCCACUCCUCCUUCUGCAGAGAGCAAAGAGGACGGGCAGAGCCAGCCUGAAGCUCAGGAGCCAGUUGUGUCGCGUGAGGCCCAAGCAGGAAUCGUCUGCCAGAAGAGGGGGCACGAAAACAAGUCGAAGACGGGCAUCAUGCAGCAACCUGACGAGGUGAUUUGGCCGUGUGGCGAAUUUCCUUCCGGUUCAGUCCCAGUCAGCUGCCCUCCAGAUGCAGCUCAGGGUUCAAGGUCUGCAGCAGCUUCUUCUGUCAAGCGUAGGGACAAUUCUCGAAGGGAGAGAAGAGCCCCAGGCCAGCAGGGGAGACCGAGGAACAUGGGAGGCGAAGAGGAGGAAGAGGAAGAGGAAGAGGGAUGGCCUAGAAAGAGAGAGGUGGAGUUGGGGGUGUGCCCCAUCUGUGCGGGUCAUUUCCCCACCAAUCUCUUGCCAGCUCAUGCCUCCAGCUGCGGAGAAGAGGAUCUUGAAGCGAGCUUUUCCUCCUCGCCUCCGUCGUCGUGGGAAGAGCUUGUUGCAGACUGCGUCCACUGCCCCAUCUGCCGGUUCGGCUUCCCCGCUGCUGAGAUAGAGAGGCAUGCUAGCAACUGCGGGGAGCCGGAUGAGGCCCCGCAACCCAACUGGAAAGAAAUUGUGAACAAGAAGUUGAAGUUCCCAGAAGGCCUCCUCAAUGCCAUCCAAGACGGGCAACUGAUGAAAGUCCAGCAGCUGCUGCAGGUGAGUGAUGGGAUCCUGAGGCAGCUGGAUGAGGCCGAGGACCGGGCGUGGAGAGAGGCUCUCAACCUGGCCAUCCGCACGGGUGUCGAGGAGAUCACCAAGACGCUGCUGCGCGUUGUCAAGUUUGACUUCCGUCAGAUCCACGAGGCCUUGCUGGUUGCCGUGGAUACCAACCAGCCUACCGUGGUCAAGCUGCUACUGGACCGCCUGGACCAGGAGAAAGGCCGCAAGAUGGACACCAAGUCCUUCUCCUCGGCCUUGUUUGACAACUCCAUCGACAACUCGCGCUUUGCCCCGGGUGUGACGCCCCUCACCUUGGCUUGCGAGAAGGACCUCUACGAAAUCGUGGACAUGCUCAUGAAGAAGGGCCACGCCAUCCCGGGGCCGCACAAGGUCUCGUGCUCCUGCCUGGAGUGCUCCAACGGCCGCAAGUUUGACCUGCUCAAGUUCUCGCUUUCUCGCAUCAACACUUACAAGGGCAUCGCCAGCCGGGCGCACCUCUCCAUCGCCAGCGAAGACGCCAUGUUGACGGCCUUCAAGCUCAGCCGAGAGCUCAAGCGCCUCUCCAAGAAGGAGCCCGAAUUCAAGCCCGAGUACCUGGCCCUGGAGCAGCUGUGCCAGGAGUUUGCCUUUGAGCUGCUGGGAAUGUGCCGCAACCAGAGCGAGGUGACGGCCGUCUUGAAUGACGUGGCGGAUUCCUCAAAUGACGAGGAAGAGGAGGACCUCGAUGACCAGGCCUUUGAGGAGGGCAUCCCCAACUUGGCGAGGCUUCGCCUGGCUGUCAACUACAACCAGAAGCGGUUUGUCGCCCACCCCAUCUGCCAGCAAGUGCUGUCGUCCAUCUGGUGCGGAAGCCUGCAGAGCUGGCGGGGCAGCACCUCGCUCUGGAAGGUCUUCGUCUCCUGUUCCAUCUUCAUGGGGAUGCCUUUCCUUUGCCUCGUCUACUAUGUGGCCCCCAAAUCCAAGUUUGGCAAAAUGCUGAAGAUCCCCGUGAUCAAGUUCCUUCUGCAUUCGGCCUCGUAUGUCUGGUUCCUGGUCUUCCUGCUGGGAGAGUCUCUGGUGCUGGAGUACAACAGCGAGAGCUUUUCGGGGCGGAACCAGAACAUGUGGGAGACUUCGCUGCACAUGAUAUGGGUGGCAGGUUUCUUCUGGUUUGAGUGCAAAGAGGUUUGGAUCGAGGGCUUCCGCAGCUACCUCUUGGACUGGUGGAACUUCCUGGACAUUGUCAUGCUCAGUAUGUACCUGGCCUCCUUUGUCCUCAGGCUCCUGAUAUUCUUCCAGGGCCGUGUUUUCUGUCUGGAUAACAAGGAGUCUGCAGAAUGCCAUUACUACACGCAAGCGGAACGUCAAGAGUGGCACACCGAAGACCCCCAGUUCAUCGCCGAGGUGCUGUUUGCCGUGACCAGCAUGCUGAGUUUCACCCGCCUGGCUUCCAUCUUGCCCGCCCACGAAACCUUGGGGACCCUGCAGAUCUCCAUUGGCAAGAUGAUCGACGACAUGAUCAGGUUCAUGUUCAUCAUGAUGAUCAUCUUGACUGCUUUCUUGUGUGGGAUGAACAACAUCUACGUCCACUACCAAGAGUCUGAGAAGCUGGGGAGCUUCAACGAGACAUUCCAGUUCCUCUUCUGGACCAUGCUUGGGAUGGAAGAACAUGAUGUAGUGGACAUGCCCCAGUUCCUCAUGGCUCAGCUGGUGGGGAGGGUGCUGUAUGGGGUCUUCACCAUCGUCAUGGUGGUCGUCCUCCUCAACAUGCUCAUCGCCAUGAUUACCAACUGCUUCCAGAAAAUUGAGAACGAUGCCGACGUGGAGUGGAAGUUUGCCCGCUCCAAGCUGUACUUGUCUUUCUUCAGAGAAGGCUUGACGCUUCCAGUGCCCUUCAACAUCAUCCCGUCACCAAAGUCCAUCUUCUACGUCAUCAGGGGCGUCUUCCGCUUCCUGUGCUGUUACAAACCAAAGCGCCAGCAGAAAUACCCCCCCAUCUCAACCAUUUCUAACCCCUCCAUGGAGGACGGCGGCCAGCGUACGGAGAGCCGCGCUUCCUACCGGCGACAAGUGCUCAAGGCACUGGUCCAGCGCUACAUUGACACGGCCCGGCGGGAGUUUGAGGAGAGCCGCAGGAAAGAUCUGGGGAACCGCCUGACGGAGCUCAACAAGUCUGUGCUGCGCCUCCUCUCCGACAUGAAGCAGCUGCGCCACACGGUGGCCGACAACGGCACGGCGGCCAACCCCUUGAACGGAACCAGCGUCCUGCACAAGUACAUCAUGAAGGUGCGCAGCAGCUUCCAGAGCUACGACAACGAGGUUGGCAGCUCUGGGCAGGGGCCCCCCACGGACGCCGCCUUGCCCCAGGAUGGGGUCGUUGCCAAAGAGGACGCAACACCAUUGCCUCAGGAACUCUCUGAGGGACAACAGGAGGAAGCUAAGGAGGGGCUGCCCCAGGUGGAAGCUGAGGAGACGCCGCUGGAGGUGGAAGCUGAGGAGAGGCCACCCCAGGUGGAAGUAGAGGUGGCAAUUGAAGAGAACCCUGUGGGAGAGCCAGAGACUUGA